AUGGAUACGUCAAAGCAGGAGGCUGAGAUACAGGGCCUGCUGGCGGAUGGCCGAGCCCUGCAGAAAACUUUAGCGAAUGCAACGACGGAUCACGGCGCGUACGUAGAGAGGUGCAUCGAAGCGAGCGAGCGCAUUCUUGCCGCCGCAAAGAAGGUGGCUACAGAGUCUGUAUCAACUCAGACUGCGGUAGAGGACGUACAAGAAGCGAGUACAGCCAGCAUUGCUAGAGCCUCAGGCGGCCAUGCCAUUGUGCUCGUUCUCAUCGAUGCUACGAGCCACCAGUUUCUUGAUGAACUAUACCGCAAUAAGACGUCAGGAGGAGCUGAGACAGCGAAGCGUCUUCGGGCUGUCGUAGGCGAGAGGGUUGCAGCCAUACUUCCCGCAGUCGUACGAAGCGGGUACCAUAUUUUCAUCAAGAUUUUCGCCUGCCUAAAAACUCUCUCGACCCGCGCUGCCGCAGCCAAUCUCGCGUCUCCGGAGCCUAGAUCCCUUGGGUUCCACUUCGGCGAAUUCACCAAGGUCUCUUCCUUCUUCGACUUUGUGGACACAGGCGAUGAGGGCCAUGUGCCGACGAAGAUCAGUGAGAAUUUUAAAUUCUAUAUGGCCGACCCGAACUGCAAGCAUGUUUUCCUUGCCGCUGCGGGUUCGCCUUUGUACCGCCGAGCACUAUAUCCCUAUCGCGGCCAGGCUAAGAAGGUGACACUUGUGCGUGGCACGAGCAAUACUGGCGGGUUAAGUGAGCUGGGGUUUCCUGUUGAGACAUUCGGCAACGUGUUCUCUCUACCUUCCAUUGGUAGCGUCAAUGAUGGAGAUGCAACGCAGGUUGACACUACCAUAGAGUCUGCCAUGGCUGGUACUGCUGCAAAAGCACGUUCCACGAGCAACACAAGUACUUCCACCAGUCUCAUCGAUAUUAGUGGAGAUGUCGAGACUGUGGGGGCUACGUUAUACGAAGGCAAGUUGCCAUCCUGCUACAUUGACGGCCGCCUACCCGUGAAUGCGGCAGAGCAGCGCAUCGACAUUUAUGUGCCCAAGCCACCCGCAGCGGAGAUCGAUAUCUACAAGGCGCACUACAAACGGGAUAAGCUGUGCAACCAACACCAUCUAGGCAACUCUUGCACCAUCGCAAAAUGUCGAUACUACCACGGCGUGUUGGAACCCGAAGCACACAGGGCGCUGCAGUACCAAGUGAUUCGCCACCCAUGCAAAAAGGGUGGCCUUUGCAGAUCUUCAAAUUGCUUCCACGGACACGUCUGCCAGAGCGAAAAAUGCGCUGUAGCAGGCAAUAAGGUUAGGGGAUGUAUAAUGCCCGCUUCGAUGCACGGGAUGGAUCUCAAGGUCGCUGGCUGGGUGGCCCCAUCGAAUGACAAAGUGAAGAACAAAGCUAUGCUGGCUGCACCGACCAAGAUGGAAGAUCUCCGGCCAUUCGACGAUAUCGGGGACCUUAUCGACUUUGACUAA